GACUUUGGACGGAUUUGCUGUACUUCGAUUUUUAAUUUUUUUUCCUUAUUUUAAUUAUCCCGCUCUUGUCGCAGUUUGUACAGAGAAGAAGUAUAUUUGCUCCGGGAAACUCAAAUUUGCGCUUUUCCCCUCCCGUUCGCUAAAUGGCAUCCGCCACCGUCGUCGAUACACUCGAUGCUCCUCCUCCUCCUCCUCCACUCGCCGCCGCCGCCGACCGCAUACUCCAUCUCGAUUCAAUACCUACCGUUGAUCUCCGCCUACUGUCCCAAUCGGAGCUCUAUUCUCUUUCCCUCUGUUCGCCCUCCGCUUUUGACCCCCGCCGCUCCGACGACGUCGUCACCCCCAAACUCGACCGCUCCGUCUUCAACGAGUCCGCCGGCUCCCGCAAGCAGACCUAUUCCCGCCUCCGUCUAGCUCCUGCCUCCUCAUCCUCCGCCCUCCGUAGCCGCACGCCUCAUCUCCGCGCCACGAACCACGACCAGAAUCAUCCGACCCCCGUGACAGAUCCGGAGAACUUUCAAAUCGUGGCCCUCCUGAAACGGCUCUUUUCAGCGGAGGCCAAUCCCGGCGACUUAGCCCCUAUUGCAGUCGAUUAUGCGGAUGCCGUUCCGCCGGUUGCCCAAUUGGCCAAUGUCCCGCCCCCUGGCUUCAAGAGAAAGCGCGGACGGCCGCGAAAGGACAGGAACAAUAUCGAGGACCAGGAAUUCGACCGUAUAACUCAUUCAAAUGGCGAUUUUCCUACGCCGGACGCCGUGAUCUACGAGAAUUCCGUGGAUAAGGAUAAGGAGAUUGCGAAUGCCGAAGGCACGCCUGUUGAUUUGGUGGCCCUGGCUUCGUUGCCGGAUCCAUUUGACACGGAGUUGAGGCGAAGGACAGAAGGACACGAGGGCGAGGCGGAGCUGUUAGGGUUUCUCCAGGGUUUGAAUGGACAGUGGGGAAGCAGGAGGAAGAAGAGAAGAAUUGUGGACGCCAGCGAAUUGGGGAAUGCUUUGCCCAAAGGAUGGAAGCUUUUGCUCUCCCUCAAAAGGAAGACGGGCCAUGUUUGGGUCUACUGUCGUCGCUACAUAAGCCCAAGUGGACGGCACUUUAUAUCAUUUGAGGAAGUUUCGUCGUAUUUGCUGUCCCUUCACGGGAAGGGACAGCAAAGCAUCCCUCCAUUUAACUCUGUUGAGAGUACCAAAAGCACCAUUGAGUAUAAAGCUCCUUCUCCAGUUACGAACAAAAUGUCACAGAUAGUAGAUGAUGUGACUGAUAAGGAAAACAUUGCUAGCCAUGGGACUUCAUCUCCUGUUAGUAAUAAAGUUCUAAAAGAUUCGAUGGUUGGAGAUUUGCAAGAGGUCCCUGUCAUGGAAAUUGCUAAUAGUAAUGUAGAUAUUGAUAGUAAGGUUGGUUUGAAGAAGAAACAAACUUCUUGUCACAAGAGAAGGAAACCAAAAAACGGUCAAUCCAUUACUGAUGGAGUAAUUAUCAGAGAUGGAAAAUUUGUGUGCCAGUUCUGCAACAAGUCAUUUGAUGAAAGGCAUCGGUACAAUGGUCAUGUUGGUGCCCAUGUGAAGAAUCAAGUAAAGAGUACCAAUGAAGCACUACAGAUGAAAGUUGGCCUACAAACAGACUCCACUUUGCAAAAAUCUACUGUUUUGGAGCAAGUAGUUUCAGAAAGUGACUGUGUGGAUGCAGAAUCUAAGCUGAACUCCUCAUGUCAUGUUAAUCUUGAUUAUCGGGAUGGUGAGGACUUGAAGACGUUUGAUGAAUUGGGAACUGUAGACGAGCCUGACAAUUUAUUUUCCAUUAAAUAUAAAGAAUGUUCAGGCUCUAAAGCUUAUAUGUCUAACCAUGAAAAUAUUGUCAAUGGUUGCUUAGUUGUUGCUGAGGAUUACAAUCAACAACCAAGGAAUUCAGACAUCUGUUCACCUUUCCCAUUACAUGAUAAAUUAGAUACUAUUGAAAAUACUAUGAUUGGGGGUACAUCUAGUUUAGUUGAGACGGAGAAGGCUCCAGAUUCUGGAAGUGUUUUAAAUUGUUCAGCUAACAAUGUAGAAGCAUGUGACUUUGAUGAGCUUCAACGUGUAAAGGACAAUCCUGAAAUAGAAAAAGAAUCUGGAUUUUGCAUUAUCAGUAGGGAAGAUGAUGUUCAGAUGAAUGAUGUCACACCCUCUUCUAUACAAACAAUGACAGAAAGAGGCUGUGAAGAUGUUUUAGAUACACUGUCAGUUGACGUGGAAGACCGUGUUGAUAAUUUAAACAUACUUUUUUCUAGCUGUGCUGGUGAUGAGCAGAAGUUUGAUGACAUAUCCAUAGUUGAGAAAACCAAUGGUGGCUGUGUUGAAUCAACCAAUGAUUUUGGGUGUAAUCCGUCUUGGAGUAAAAAUAUAGAUUCUGCCGAAGAAAAGUAUGGAAGUCAGUUUCCUGAGUGCUUUGAAAAGCAUGAGAAGAAUGGUGCUAUGGUAAAUUAUUCUGAUAAUAAUGUGCCAAUGAGGAAGGUUGAUGAUCUGGACAUCAAUGAGCUCCAGAAUGUUAGCAAUGAUGAAUUGAUUUUCCCUUUUAGUAGCAGUCACGUUGGAUUAAAUGUUGAUUCCUCUUCUACCGAUUUGAAACAGGACAGAAGCCUUCACUUCUCACUUUUUGGUGAUGAUAAUGAAAACAAGGAUUACAAAAGUAAUACUGUUGAAAUGUAUGGGCAGGGACCAUCUGAAACCUCAAUCCUUCCUCGGGCUAUUGGUCAUGAAGCUUCUGACCAGACAUUUACUAGGAUUAAUGGACUUCAUUGUUCCGGAAAUCAAGAUCUAAAUCUCAACUUUGGAAAUUCUCAUGUGGAAUUUGGCAUGAAUGCUGACAUCAUGCAACUUCAGCAGCAAGGGUACCCUGCAGGGAGGUCAAGCUUUCAAAUUGGUAUGGAACAAACGUAUGGCGGUCAAAGCAGUCUUGUGCAGAACACAAAUCACAGAAGAGUAGAGCAUCAGAAGAAGGGGUUGGCAGUAGGGGUUGGUUUCCAAACUCCAACAUUCAAUGGAAAAUUUGGUGAUUUCGGAAGUAAUUAUAAUACGAUGGUGUUCCCUAAUGGCUGCUGGGAAGAAGAGAGAAUGGAUGAUAUUGGAAACUUCAGUAAGAAUUUUAUGGGUAGUGGUAGGGGUAAUGUUGUCCAGACUAAGGGUACAACGGAUGGAAGCAUUUGGAGAAAUAGUGCAGGAAAUUUAUUGAAUCAUGAUGGCAGCAUGACAUCUAAUGCAAACCAACUGGUGCAGUCAACAAAUUGCUUUCAAACCUAUGAUCUAAUGUCAGAUAAGAGUGAAGGUCUUUUCAAAAUGAACGAGAAGUAUGACAGAAGUAGCAACGUUGAAGGGUUGAGAUCAGACAGAAGCGAACCAGUGGAAUACAGUUUUAUGGGGACCCAGAGUUUGAGCUGUGGCCAACGAGAACCGAAGGGGUUCUCUUAUGAGGUGGAUACAGGCGAAGGGUUCAAUACGUCAUUCUGGCUGGGGAAAGACGGCGGUGGGGCCCCAAACGUAUUGGGAAGGAAUUUGGUUUCAACAGUGUGCAUCUGGUGCAGCAGCACCUACUAUCAGGAAGCCACCCACCAAUCUAGCACACACGGUGUUGUCGGUUCGAUGUGUCCUACUUGCAGUUCUAGAAUUUGACAUAUGAUAAUUUUUGGAUCGUCGUCAUUCUCUCAGCCACCAAGCUUCGAAUUCGAGUUCUCAUGUAGCACUCCUAUGCAAACCGCUGAGCUACAAGAAUACUUGCAUGAUUGUAAAAAGAAAUGCAAUAUUAUCAU